GCCGGCGGUCGCGCAGCAGCGUCUCCCGCGGGCCGGGCCGCGCCGCCCGGGCUGGCGAUGUGAGGGCGGCGGCGGCGGCGAGCAGGAGCGCGGCACGGCGCGGAGCGGAAGGCGGGCGGGCCCCGAGCGGAAGCGGGCCGGGCCCGGCGGCGAGGAGGAGUGCGGCGCCGGCGGGGGCGGCCGGGCGCGGGCGUGCGAUGGAAACGCACAUCUCGUGCCUGUUCCCCGAGCUGCUGGCCAUGAUCUUCGGGUACCUGGAGGUGCGGGACAAGGGCCGGGCGGCGCAGGUGUGCACAGCCUGGCGGGACGCCGCCUACCAUCGGUCGGUCUGGCGCGGCGUGGAGGCCAAGCUGCACCUGCGCCGCGCCAACCCCUCGCUCUUUCCCAGCCUGGCGGCGCGGGGCAUUCGGCGGGUACAGAUCCUAUCGCUGCGGCGCAGCCUGAGCUACGUGAUCCAGGGCAUGGCGGACAUCGAGAGCCUCAACCUCAGCGGCUGCUACAACCUCACCGACAACGGGCUGGGCCACGCCUUCGUGGCGGAGAUCAGCUCCCUGCGCUCGCUCAACCUGAGCCUCUGCAAGCAGAUCACGGACAGCAGCCUGGGCCGCAUCGCUCAGUACCUCAAGGGUCUGGAGGUGCUCGAGCUGGGGGGCUGCAGCAACAUCACCAACACCGGCCUCCUCCUCAUCGCCUGGGGCCUGCAGCGCCUCAAGAGCCUCAACCUGCGCUCCUGCCGGCACCUCUCGGACGUGGGCAUCGGGCACCUGGCAGGCAUGACGCGCAGCGCGGCUGAGGGCUGCCUGGGCCUGGAGCAGCUCACGCUGCAGGACUGCCAGAAGCUCAGCGACCUCUCGCUCAAGCACCUAGCCCGCGGGCUGGGCCGCCUCCGCCAGCUCAACCUCAGCUUCUGCGGGGGCAUCUCGGACGCGGGGCUGCUGCACCUGUCGCACAUGAGCAGUCUGCGCAGCCUCAACCUGCGCUCCUGCGACAACAUCAGCGACACCGGCAUCAUGCAUCUGGCCAUGGGCAGCCUGCGGCUCUCCGGCCUCGACGUCUCCUUCUGCGACAAGGUCGGGGACCAGAGCCUAGCCUACAUCGCCCAGGGCCUGGACGGGCUGCGCUCCCUCUCCCUCUGCUCCUGCCACAUCAGCGACGAGGGCAUCAACCGCAUGGUGCGGCAGAUGCACGGGCUCCGCACCCUCAACAUCGGCCAGUGCGUCCGCAUCACCGACAAGGGCCUGGAGCUCAUUGCCGAGCACCUCAGCCAGCUCACCGGCAUCGAUCUCUAUGGCUGCACCCGCAUCACGAAGCGGGGCUUGGAGCGCAUCACCCAGCUGCCCUGCCUCAAGGUGCUCAACCUGGGACUUUGGGAAAUGACUGAGAGCGAGAAGGUCAGGUGAGAGGAGGGGGGCACCCUGAGACCUCCAUCUCCUCUGGAGGGACUCACUGACUGACUGCUGCAAUGGAGGAGAGAGAGAGAGGGGCACGCACAGAGCCAUGCUACCCACGCACCCUUGCACUGGAGGGAGUAACAGAGAGAAACCCUUCUGUGCUGCCUACCUACCCUUGCUCUGGAGGAGGAAGAGGAAGGGGGGCAGGAGGAGACAGAGAGAAAGCACCUAACCCUUUUCCAGGUCAUACCUCCAGCUCCAGGCUGGGGAGAUGGAGCUCCCCCUUCCCCUACAGCAUCCUUCCCCUGCAGAAAAGGUAGAAGCCCACACUCUUAUGCACUGGGGCUAGAGACACCCCUCUUUAUUCCCACUCCCCCGAUUCCAUCCCCUUGUGCACUAAGGAUGGAUAAAGACAGACCCUUGUUCUGCCAUGUAUUCAUAGUAGAUUAUUUUUGGUUCAUAUAAAGGAGAGUGGGAAUGGAGAUGGGAGCAAACAAUAACAACAGCAGAAAAGGCUUCCUAGCUACACUUACAUACCUGGCCACCCAGUCACCCUGUGCUGGGCACAGACAGCUUUUUGUAAAAUAACCAUUCCACCUCUGCGCUUGCCCCUCCCCUGCCAGCUGGGAAUUGUGACAAAAAUACUGCUCCCUAGGUACAGUGGGGUUUGGGUUGGGUUUUUCCUUU